AUGUCCAAUCAUCAAGGCAAAACCGUCCUGGUGACAGGAGCGGGUGGCGGUCUUGGGCGUGUCAUUGCCGAGAAAUUCGUGGAUUUGGGAGCCAAUGUCGUGGUGUGCGACAUCAACAAAGAACUCCUCGCGGAUUGGAAGGCAAAGGUGGAGUCUGGCAACUCGGAGCGUGUGCUCUCGCUGGAAACGGACAUCACGUCGGAGACUGCUCUUGAUGAUCUCUUUGAGCAGGCGGAGAAGAGGUUUGGGCAUUUUGACUACAUUGUCAACAGCGCCGGAUUCGAUCCAGCCGGCACCAUGGAUAGAGCAACCUGGGAUCGUUGUAUCGCAAUCAACUUGACCGCCCCAAUGUCCAUCACCAAGCGUGGAGUAAAUUCCAUGCUGAAAGCGCAGGUCAAAGGGUCGAUAGUGAACAUAGCUUCCGUGGCCUCUUUCAGAGGGUUUGCAAAUGGCGCUGCGUAUACUGCUUCGAAAGCCGGAUUGAUCGGUUUGACUAAGAAUACUGCGGUGUUCUAUCGUCUCAAAGGCAUU